GACUCUGCUGCUCAUCCAUCCCUCACAUGCGCAUGCCGCCAGUGCAGCGCGACAGGUAGCCAGCAUGGUCCGCGAGGAUCUCAUAACAUCGGCGGUGUCCUUCCUCCAGGACCCGUCGGUCGCCAACGCCCCGGUUGAGAAGCGCAUUGCCUUUCUGCAGUCGAAGAACCUCACACAAGAAGAGAUUGACGUCUCGCUUGCGCGCGCCGCAUCAGACGAUCCGAGCCUGCCUGCGUCGCCACCACCGCAGUACUCGUCCCCGCCCAACAAUGCAUAUCGCCCACCGCCUGCAGCCCCAGGGUAUGGCGGCGGCUACCCUCCACAGUAUUGGCCGCAGCAGCCGCCCCCAGAACCACCGAAACGUGACUGGCGCGACUACUUCAUCAUGGCAACGGUCAUGGGCGGCGUAGGCUACGGUCUCUACUUCACCGCAAAGCGCUACAUCCUGCCCAUCAUCUCGCCCCCCACCGCCCCCCAACUCGAGCAAGACAAAGCCUCCGUCGACGAGUCCUUCAAGCGCGCCUUCGACCUGCUGGAGCAACUGAGCACCGACACCACAGCCCUCAAGGCCAGCGAAGAAGCACGCACCUUGCGCCUAGAUAACACGCUCGGCGAAGUCGAGUCCGUGCUCUCGGCGCUCAAAGACAGCUCCAAGCGCCAGGGCGACGACAACCGCAGAAUCGAAGACGACGUGCGAGGGCUGCGCGACCUGAUCCCCAAGGCCCUCGACGCCCAGAAGGAGGCCACCGACAACCGACUCAAGGAACUCUCCACCGAGCUCAAGAGCCUCAAGACCCUCGUUGGGAACCGCAUGAGCGCGCCUGCCCCCGCGCCCGUACCCCGCGCCCCCACCGCGCCCUACUACGGUAUGCAGAGCCAGCAGGCACCGUCCCCCGCGCCCACAAACGGCACGAGCACGCCUGCUGCAGCGCCCCCGGCGCCCGCCGCGCAGCCUGCACCUGAAUCCCAGCCCACCCCUGCGAUGCCCGGCGGCGCGAGCACAGGCGCCGUCAACGGUAGUGCGCCGGCGUCCACCCCCGCAGACAAGCCCGUGCAGUCAUGGCGCGGAUCACAGGGUCGCGCUGCGAUCCCGGCGUGGCAGAUGGCCGCGGCGAAGAAGAGUGAGGAGGCGAAGAAGGAUACGUCUGAGAGCGGCACUGUUGAGGCGAGCCCUAGCUCGUAGGCGACCUGGGGCGAGAUGAUAGGUGCGGCUGAGCCUAGGGAGGGGAAAAUCGCCCGUGAGCGAAAACGACGGUGCAUGCAGCUGGGGGCAAGCCUGGAGACGCCGGCUUGGGGGAAGAGAGACGGGAGACGAAGCAAUCCCACUUGAUCUGAGGGAGUGCAGUGUCUGAGACAUGCUGUGACGAUGCCUGUAUCACUUAGGGGCGUUGGAAAUGUAAAUGUACACUCUUGCCAUGCACAAUAUCUGCC